AUGGUCGAGGCAAAUACAUCGACAGUCCAGGUGGACGACGGCGUCAAGCUGCACGUCCGACUUCUCGGGGGCGAUUCGACCGGGGCGAAACCUCUACUCAUCGGCCUUCAUGGCGCACCAGGAAUGUUUACUCACGCAGAACCGGAGGCCUGCUUCAGUCACCUCUCUCCUCUUUUCCGAGUUCUGGUGUUUGAUGGCCGAGGAAGUGGUGCCUCGGACAUGAUCGGGCCUUACUCUCAUGAACGCUGGAUGAAAGACAUUGAGAACCUCAGGGCAUGGGCCGGAGCAGAGACGUUUGUGUUGGCCGGCCACUCAUAUGGGGGCUUUUUGGCCCUUGACUACGCCGUCAAUUAUCCCGCUCGUCUGCGUGGCUUGAUAUUGAUAGACACCUGGACUGUUGGAACACUCGGAGCAAUGGGAGCUUUGGCAAACAUAUUGACGUCGGAUAGAAUCAAGGUGGACAAGGCACGUCAGAUCCGAGUUUGGUCGGGCAACCUCCUGGGCGACACGGACUUUCAAGAAGCAAUUGCAGAGAUGCUCCCCUUCUAUGGCCCUCCCGAAGACCCGUCGAAGGCAACAGCUCCCGACACGGGUGAUCAACCUACGUCUGCAGCGUUCUUUGGGCCAGGGGGACAAUUUCAUUCCAAGACCCAAAACUGGGCUUUCGGUCAAAGCAUGCCUCGCUUCGACGUUCGACAGCGACUCAAGGAUAUCACGGCUCCUACCUUGGUCGCUGUUGGGCGCCAUGACUAUGUUACACCUGUGAGCUUUGCGGAAGAGAUUGCCAGAGAGGUCCCGGACGCGCGGCUGGAGGUAUUCGAGCAUUCAGGACACAGUCCUCAAUCGGACGAACCCGAGAAGUUCCGCGAGGUUCUCCUAGAUUUUUUGAAAGCCAGGAUUCUAUGA